UCCUGUAACGAAGAGGAGUCCCUACCUGAGCUCAGCUGGAAGAUGCUAACCGUGUCAGUUUAUCUGCUGCUUUGGUCCUUCUCUGCAUCGUCUUCAGGAGUGGGCGUUUCCCCUCAGUGUCAACCCGGGUGGCUCCUCUUCGGACGGAGAUGUUUUGCUUUCUUCCCCGUGUGGAGCUCUUGGACCAGUGCCAGUACUUUAUGCUCUGAGACCGGUGGGAACCUCAUGUUGCUCCACAACCCGGAGGAAAGGCAAAUUGUCCUCCAACUGACCAACACCAGCACACCUGUGUGGCUGGGUAAACACCAGAAUGGAUCAAGGAUUUGGAGUGACGACUAUCUGCUUAACAACCAGACCAACCAGAUGGACGAAAAGACCAAAGAGUUUGGACUCUGCAUGGAAAUGAUACCCAAAACUGGAGAGCUGCAGAGCGCCCCCUGUGGAGAACUUCGGUUCUACAUCUGCACCACUUCACCGAGGUUUACCUCCGCUGACCUCAGCAGAAACAAGCUGCUUCAACCAGGGCUCGUCCCCGGGGUGCUUCUGUUCGACGUCGUCUGGGACUCCAGCUCCACUCAAGCCAAGGAGAUUUUCUUCUCAUCCUCGCUGCUCAGAGGCCUGAGGUCUGGCAAUCUGACGGAACGCUGCUACAACACAUUCAUGCAGCAGGAGGAGACUUACCUGCUCAGAGUCAGAAGCACACUUGAGGUUCUGGUUGGGCGUCUCCAUGAACACAGUAAAAUUAGGUCGCUGCUGCUGGACACAUUCAGACGAUACGGGACAGGAAAGCAGAGCCUCCAUCUUUCCUCCCCGGCCCCACAGUGGCUCCAGUGGUCCCUGCAGUCUUUCCACCGGGUGGUUCUGGACGACCCGGUGUACUGGCUCCUGGCUUUGUCGGCCCGGGCCUGCCUGCAGGACUUUGUGGCUCAGAAGCUGCAUCAGGAACUCGGGUCACAGGUUCCGAGCCUGAAAAAGAACAGUUUCUACCAGAUGUGGAGGAGGGAGAACGUGGACUUUGUCUGGGUUAAGAGAUUCAAAGCGGUGGUGGAGGAGUACCAGGAUGAAAUGGACGUCCAUAAAGCAAUCGCCAUCUUCAGGGAGCACAUGAUGAAUCAGAAGAGCCUCCAUAAAUAUGUGAGCUGUGAGGAUGAAGAUGAUGAAGAAAUCCACAUCAGGGCUGAUGUUUUAUAGCUUCCUCAGAGUUCAGCUCACACAUUGCAUAUUUUCAAAGCAGGAAUAUUUACCAGAUUAUUCUGGACUUGAAUGAAAACAUUUCUCUUUUAGUUUUUUUUUUCCAAGUUCAAAAUUGUUUUAUCUGAUCAAUGGUCAAUUAAAAAUAAACAUGUUAUCAUGUUCGUACAUAAAAUUGCACUAAAGAGUUACAGUUACAGUUUUGCUCUAGUUCACUACAACAGAGGUGUGUUUUGAUCUGUUAUCAGGGAUUUUGUGUGUUUAAUAUGUUACAAACAUUUUUAAAUAUGAAUUACUUCAACAUAUGUUUGGUUUUUAUCAUGUUUUUAUGAAAGUUGUGCUCAGGUUUCUCUUUAGCUAGCAUCUUAAAGUGAUGCUAGCUGGUUAAAAGUUUCAGUCUCCGUUCCUCUUUUCCCUUCGUCAUGUUAAAAUGUAACAACAAAUGAAUCCGGUUUCUCCCUAAGAUGAAAUUUAUUGCAUGUCUUAAAUAAAACGUUGUUUUUUUUACACUUUUUUUCUCUUUUUACUGAUACUUCUUGUAGUGAAAGGUCUUUGCAUAAAUGGCUGACUCUGUCUCCCUCUGCUGGCUGAAAUAAAAAACUGCACCCUUCUA